CUCCGGACGAGACAAGACAGUUUUACCUCCAGUCGCCAUGAGACGACAUCAUUGGAGCGAACGCUGCUGGCGGGCAUUGCUGCUUGGAGUGAGGUGGAGCUUCAAGUCCGUGUUUGGAUUACAACGUCCUGCAGCUGCUUGGUCGUCAAGAAGAACCUUGCCCACAGUCGAUGGAAGUGAGCCACACUUUGAAGCAGGAGGAUCCACAGCCCCCCCACAUUAAAGAGGAAGAGGAGGAAUGUUGGAUCACACAGGAGGGAGAGUGUUUUCUAGGGCAGGAGGAGGCUGAUCUUUCCAAGUUUCCACUGACUGUUGUCUCUGUGAAGACUGAAGAACAUGAAGACAAACCACCUGAGUCCUCAAGUGAGGAGAAGAGAGAGGCGGAGCCUCCAAGCAGCAGCUCAACACAACACAUGACAACAGAAGCUGAUGGAGACCACUGUGGAGGAUCACAAGCAGACAAGCUCUUAGCUCCACUAUCAGAUAGUGAGGACACAACGUCACAUGUUAAUGUAAAUAGGAAAUCACACAUGACUACACAAACAGGUGAAAAACCCUUUGGUUGUUCAGUUUGCGGUAAAAGAUUUUCCUACAAAAGUAAAGCGCAAACACACAUGAGAACGCACACAGGAAAAAAACCAUUUGGUUGUUCAGUUUGUGCAAAAUACUUUGUUACAAAUGGUAAUUUAACUGACCACAUGCGGACACACACAGGAGAAAAACCUUUCACUUGCUCAAACUGCGGCAAAAGGUUUUCUCAAAGCGGAACCAUGCGGUCACACAUGAGAACACACACAGGAGAAAAACCUUUCAUUUGCCUGAACUGUGGCAAAAGGUUUUCUAAAAACUUUAACUUGAUUCAACACAUGCAGACGCACACGGGAGAAAAACCUUUCAAUUGUUCAAUUUGCUGUAAAGGGUUCUCCAACAAGAGAUCUAUGCAAACACACACUCGAACACACACAGGAGAAAGACCAUUCAGUUGUUCAGUUUGUGGUAAAAGAUACGCACACAAACAGCAUAUGGAAAGACACAAGAGAACACAUACAGGAGAAAAACCUUUAAGUUAACCAGUGUGUGGCUUUUACCGCACACUGUUUUUCUAACAAAAGUAAUAUCAGAAUACACACAGGAAAAUACAACUUUUGGAAGUCCUCUUUAAAUGGUCUCAUGCAGAGUCACUAAUGGUCUUCUGCAGGGAUGUAGGUCGUGGUUAAAACAGAAGUCAAUAAAUGGUUUGUAAUGUUAGAUAGUGUUUUUAUAU